CCAUACCGACGACACGACAGUUUUGAACGGAACUUGCUGGUGCUUGGAUCGCAGUUCAGCCGAUCUCCGCGAAGUUAACACCAACUCUCGAUCGUCGCGCUCAAAUAUCUGUCUCAAAAUACAAAACAUUAUCUGUGCGUUAUUUUUUUUUUUUCUUGUUUUUCACGUUGCAUUUUAACCCGAUUUGUGCUGGUGAUCCCAAAUAUAUAUCCAUAUACAAUUUUGUUAAGUGAUUUCUCGAUUUUCGAGCAGUGUUUGCAUAGAAUUCCUGAACGUAACUUUAAAAACAGUAAAUUAGUGAACUUGUCGGCCAUGUCGAGAACGCGAAUCCACAGUGCUGGGCAGCAGUCCCUGCUCCUUCUUUUGCCGGCGGUGCUCCUCCUCCUGAUGGUCGGAAGAGCAAUGGGCACGGGUCUCAUAAGUCAGACCAACAAACUGCCAUCGCAGCGAUUCUUCUACGCCUCCUCGCCGUCGGGAUCCUCAACGCAGACGAAGGAUGCAGCGAAGGGCAGCUGCUGUCAAGGAGCAGCCGCCGAGCCAGGAAAGCCACUCACGAUUCCGCUGACGGUGGUCGCUGAGUUGAGCAACGUAACCACCAGCGAUUACGACGCUUCCGGCGAGAGUCUCUCCUCCAAAGAACACGUCAAGCGCAGCACUAAAUCCCCGAGGAAUGCGACGCCGGCGACUUGCUCCCCUCAGCCGACGGUGGUUGAACUGAAGCCAUCGAAUCCGGAUGACGAGUUGAACUUCUACUACAUUCCAUCGUGCACGCGGAUCAACCGAUGCGGCGGCUGCUGCGGAUCGAAUCUGAUCUCCUGCCAGCCAACGGAAGUGGAGAAUGUGGAGUUGCGCGUGCGCCAGGUGAAUCGUGGUGGCGGUCGCCAGCCGUUCGUCAUCAUCAACGUGGAGGAGCACACGGCGUGCCGAUGCGAUUGCACGACGAAAGCGAAGGACUGCAAUGCGUAUCAGACGUACCGCGAGGAUCUGUGUCGCUGCCAGUGCAACAACAAUGACGCCAGGGAGAAGUGCCUCGAGCAGGGGGACACCAAGUACUGGGUGGACGACAACUGUGCCUGCGUCUGUCGCUACAAUCAGAGCUGCACCACCGGCACCUACUUCGAUGAGACGCAGUGCAAGUGCACCGACCCUUUCGCUCCUGUUAGUGCCUUGGACCGCAAACGCUUCAUUGUGCAGGCCGUACAGGUUGACCCCGAUAACACCACCCUGUACAGUGUUUAGUGGCAUUGAGGUCACCAAGGAGUACGAAGGAGAAACGCCAACUUCCUAGAGGGGAAUCCCCGAGUACUAAAAAGAAAUCACCCAAGAAUGGCACUAAGCUAAAAUGCCCAUGUACUUUAUAUUAUUUAUAGUUAUCGAUUAAACCUAGGCUAUAACCAAUACCCCCUUAAAACUAACUCACAGUAUUUCUACCUUUUCAUCUGCGGCACAAAAAAAAAACACUUCAAGGAAAUUCUCAAAAAUCGUUGAGGAUUCAAUAUCAUUUCUAAAUGUUACUUAAAUGAUAAAUUUCUUUGUCUGGAUACAUUUUUAAAUGAAUUUAAAUCUUUACUAAUUUUUGUGCAACGCCUGUAUAUAAUUUUAAAAAAAUUUGUUUAUAUUAUAUUUUAAGCGCAUUCCCUUUGUCGCUGCCUUGUGCACAUUUGUUAAUUUCUGCUUGUUUAAGUUUUAAAUCAUUCAAAAUCAAUUGUCCAAGAAUUAAAUGCAAUCCACCGAUUCGCCGUACUUUAUUUGUAUGUAACUUUUUUUGUAAAAAAUGUUAGUCUUAAGUUUACGAAAAGAAAAUAUAGACAAAGUAUUGAAUUAUUAAA